AAAAAAAAAGUGUAGUGCGCAAGAUAUGGAACAAGGAGGUCAUGAGCAGAAGGGUGUCGUCGACUAACGGUUCUUAAUGGUUCCUGACUGACACACAGAGGAAAGAGACCGUGGAUGCUGCUCUGGAACGAGCUCUGGAACUACGCGACAAUUCAGGAUGGACACCAAGAUUCAGCUGAGCUGGAUGGCAAUAUGUCUGUUUCUCACACUACCAGGUGUGCCUACACAUGCCUCCUGUCCUGUUGAGCUCAACCCUCCCAGAGUAGUGGUGAGAUAUGGAGACUCCGUCUCAGUCAACUGCACCACAUCCACAGACCCCGAGGGGAUGGGGUGGGAGGUCACGUUCGGAGGUAUAGGUUUGCAAGAAAAUGUCAGCUUUGUCACCUGGACUGUGGGAAGCCUCAUGGACUGGACAAUAGAACCUAAAUGCUACAUCAAUCUACAAAAUGGAAGUCAGUGUACUGAGAUUCUCCCUGUCAUUCUCUACAAGACUCCAGACAGUGUGUCUAUCUCUCCUCUGGGCCACUCUGGUCCAAUGAUGGAGGGGAAGGAGUACCAGCUGCAGUGCGACAUCCAGAACAUCACUCCUCUACAGAACCUGGUUGUGAGGUGGUACAAAGGCAAUGAAACUAUAGAGACUCAAACGUUUAAUGACUCCACAAAGGAACUAGUGAAUACGUCCUCCACUAUCACCAUCACCCACAAGAGAUAUGAGGGUGAAGUAGAAUACAGAUGUGAGGCAGAGCUGGACCUGGGACCAGAGGGACCGAAACCUUCUGCCUUGACAUCAAAACCUCUUAAUGUUACUGUUUACUCUCACACAAACAAGUCAACAACACCCACGGCUAAGUCCUUAACCACCGCAGAUGCAAGGUGGGAUGAACCAUUCAAUUAUGACUACUACUUCCUCCGUGUUGUUGGUCUGUCUUUGGCUGCAACGCUCUUCAUCCUGGGUAUUAUGGUCAUUAGCUGUGAUAAAGUAUGCCGGAUGCCUAGGUGUCAUGUGGGCACAGGGAAGUCGUACCAAGUGGCCAGAGAGUAGUGAGGGAACAAACGUGUUACUGAGUGGCCUCAAGACACCAGAAGAGUUCAUCAGAGGGACAUGGUGAAACAACACUGAUGCAACAGACCUUAUCGGCCAUGUGCGUGUGUAUGUGUGUGUGAAAACAUUGUUGGACAAAACUCUGCAUCUCUCAUUUCAGAGAUAAGAACGUGAGAUGUGUUUCAUGUGCCUUUCCCACAGACUGCAAGUGAGACUCAGUCAACAUUAUGAAAUUACCCCUCCCUCACUCUUCUAAAGACUUACCUGUAGUUUUGAAUGCAAGUUUUAUUAUACUUUGGCAUUCAUGUUUCUAUGUAUAUUUUCAAAUGCUUACAAAAUGUUACAGAAUACAUACUGUAGAUGUUACGUAGCUCAGAGGCGCCCCCAAGAGCACUGGAAGAGGUAUUGAUCCUUUUUUUCUCAUAUCCCAGAGACAGCAAAUUUCAUGCCUAGCUUUUCACAGAUUUAAUGUUGAUUUUAUCUGUAGAUUUGUCACCAACGUGGAUGACAUUUUCUCUAAUAAAUCACAUACAUGUCC